AUGGCGCAUUCUGAGGGCAAGGAAAAUAUCGCAGAUGGCCUGAUGGCAAACACAUCCUUCAAGGCGCCGGCAACAUUGUCGCCUAAAAAAACGGCGCGCAAGUCGCGCAGCAAAAGCAUCGGCCCUGGUGGGCUUGGGGAGUUGGAGGCGCCCGCUCUCAAAGAAAGCGCAGGCAACCGUAGAAAGUCUGCCUUCAUUCCGGCCGUCAAGUCGAUCCUAUCGUCCAAUGAUGAAGACGAGAAGAAGAGGAAAGAGGCACGUCGCAAAUCACUGGCCCGCCGACGCGUUUCUUUCGCCCCAGAAGCGACUCUGCACACUUGGGAUGUUGUCGAAUACAUGCGUGAUGCAACCAGCUCGUCCGCCUCGUCCGACGCCACGCGACGAGCCUCCAAUGUCUCCCAGGCGUCCACACCCGCAUCGCCUGCACCCGCCUCCGAUCCCGCUGAGCCGCCCUCUACACCGCCAGAGCAAGCCGAGGAGCCAGAACCGCAGCCAGGAUCUUCACCUGCGAACCAGCGCGCCCAGCAUCAGAAGAAGAACCGUCGCCGCAGCUCGGGCAUUCCGCCAAUGAACUUCAACAACCCAGACGAUAUCUACUCAUCCAGUCCCUUAAGCGGGGCCGACCAAGAAAGCAGCGACUCGGAAGCAGACGAUAACGCAACAGAGCAGCUGAUUGCGAGUCCGGAUGCCGAAGACUCUUCUCAGAGUAGCGCUAGGCUAGAUGCUGCGCUGAGACAGGCGUCCACGCUCGCAGGAACACAGAAACUGGAUUUUGAUGAGGAUGGCGACAUGACCAUGGAAAUUGCCGAUGACGAUGUAACGUCUUCGUUCAAACCUUGGGCAAGAAAGACUGCGAUUGCUCAAGACAACCAGGAGAAUGUGAACCCCGCUUCACCCGCUGCCACAGUCGCAGAGGACGACCAAGACAUGAGCAUGGACAUUACUCGUGCAGUCGGACGAAUUGUUGCUCAACCAGACUCGGAUGCGCCGAGCUCUGACAUGGACGAUAACAUGAGCAUGGAGCUCACUAUGCCGCUGGGCAGCAUUCAAGCUAUGGCGUCGAAUGCUCCAGCAAAGCGAAGGCAGAGUCUAAAGCGCAGGGUCUCUAUGAUGGAUACGUCACAAGGCAGUCCUGCAAAGCGCCCUGUCAAUCGCCGUACAAGCCUUAGACAGCGUCGUCAAUCCGUAGAGGAGACUGCCGAAGAAGCUACAAUGGACUUUACAAUGGCAAUCGGAGCAAUCAAGAGCACUGCUCAACCAGCCCCUGGGAAGCGUGCCAGCACAGAGAGUUUGGUGGAAGAUGCGACAAUGGACUUUACGUUGGCCAUGGGGGGCAUCAAGAACGACACCAUGCAACCGGCCGAUGUAAAUGAGGACCUGUCCAUGGAGUUCACAAGAAUCGUCGGCCCAGGCAUCAAACGCUUGGAAAACUCAGCAGUAACACCAGAACAGCCAGUCGCUGCUCAAUCUCCAAUCUCUGUUGCAAAGACACCAACACCUCGAAAGUCUUCUAGGCACCAAAGUCCUCUGUCGAAGGUGGAAGCUGCACCGUCACCUUUCAGAGAUGUGAAGGCGACCCCUACUGAGCACCCUCCUGUAGUGUACCCGACUCUUGAUCCUGGUACCCCUGAGAUUGUCCGACAGAAAGACAUUGAAGACAUUGAGCCAUCACCAUUUGUACGCAGAACUCCGAUGAACGCUUCCAAGAGCCAAUCCAGCAUUACAACACCCAAAUCUGCCAUCACUACACCGAAUAACCGGACGCCUCUCAAGCCGCCAAUGGCCAUCCCCGAUGACCCGGUUACUGCCCCUAUACUGAACCGUCGUCGUUCAUCUCUAUCGGCAGUACAGUUCAGUCCCUUGAAUGCUUUGCGUGAGGAACCUACACUUAAGAGCACCGCAGUGCUCUCAAACAACAUCAAGCUGCUGUCGACGCCAAGAAAGCAAUCUUUGAUGUCUCCAGUCAAGCGGGGAAUGACGCCCAAGAAAUCUCAGACUCCUCAAAAACAGCCUACGCCCAAACAGAAGACUCCUACACCCAAAGCAGCGGCCAUAUCAAGGAAGAGUUUGAGCCCCCAAAAACGCGUUGUUUUUGGCGAGCAGGCAGUGGAAGAAGAGAAGGCCGAGGAGAACAUUGUGGAUGACGUUUCAGAGGUUGAGCGUAUCUCACUGCAGGAAUUCCUUGAUAUGACAAAGAUUCGCUUCAUGGAUCUUAGUACGACGAAGCGGAGACACACUGCCGCUCCUGCUGCAUUUCAUGACGUGGAAGUCGAGGAGAAGGAAGAGUCGCUGGAUCGUUAUGUUGUUGCCGGCGCAUGCACCUUGCCAGAAUACGAACUUUACCAGCAUGCGUGUCACGAGAUGAAGAAGUACAUCUCUGAUGGCCGUCAUUUCGUCCGAACAAUGGAGGCCAAUGUUUUAGAGGAAAAUCCAUUGCUCUUCAGUGAAUACCUAACCGCGCCUCCGGAUCAGCGCAUCAUCAUGGACAACCAAUUCAAGAAUCUGAAGACAAACGCCCGCCUAGAGGCUCGUGGGGAGUGGUACACAUGGCGCAGCACUUUGCUACAGGAUCUGAAGACUGGACUCCUACACACAAUGGAUGGUUUCAAGCACGACGAGUCCACCCUCGCCAAUCAAGAACAGCUUCUUGAUACUGUACUGCCCCCCUUGGCAGAGAAGCACAAGUCGUUGUCAACAGAGUUCCAGCAAUUACAGCAGCGUCAUGACGAGCUCAAUAGCUGCGACCGCGAAGAAUUGGAGCAAACACGUGAGCGUCUCGUCGCCACUGAUGGAGAAAUUGCAGAAAAGAAGCGAGGUCUGGCCCAACUCCAGCAGCAACUUGCUGAGAAGGAUUCGCGCAUCGAGGCCAUCAAGGAGCGCAAAGUGGAGUGCAUGGAGGAGAUCAAGGCCGCAGAGCGCGUCCGUGAAGAAUGUCGUGGGUGGUCUACAAGCGAAGUUCGUGACUUACAAGCCAAAGUGACUGCACUCGAGCAAGCUCAUGGAUGGAGCAUCACCUCGGCCUCAUCCACCAGUAUCACAAUGACCCAUCUCAACGACCUCGAGCUCUACUUUCACCCCAAUGCCUUCGCCACUGGCGGCAACACUCCCAACCAGUCCAUAUCUCUCGCCUACGUCGGUGACUCUGCAGCACCUCGUCCCCGCGCCUUGACGACAAGCAAGCGCUUCUUCCUCCAACUUAUCCGCGCCCAUCUCCACUGUCUCUCACAAUCUCACACGCGCAUCUCCGCGCUCCUCGCCCUCAUUAAAAACGCCUGGGCCACCGCCCUGGCCGUCGCCGAAGGCAUCCGCUGGCUCGAGCACAACUACAUUACUGAGGAAUUCAUCCUGUCGGACGAGCGCAUGGGUAUCGCCGCCAACAUGCUUCUCCCCACACUCCAGACCAAAGUCAAGGUCCUUUUCGAACUCACCGUUGGCCUGGGGAAAGAGGGCGUCGAGACGGAGGUGAGUACGCGUGCGGAGGUUGUCUAUGGAGAGAAGUAUGGAGAAGAGAAGAUGAGUGCGUUUUUGAGGGAUUUUUGUGGCACCACGGUUAAGCCGAUUGAGGGCAUGAGCGCUUGGGCCGAUGCAAUGCAGGAUCUGUCUGCGCGGUUGAAGAAGACGGGUAGGAAGGGGGAGAGAAAGUGA